AUGUCGUCGUCGUCGCCUGAGCCUGUCACAGGCCCAUCCGCCCACCUACCGAGCUCGACCACGGCAUCGUCCUCACCACGACUGCUGCCUCCUCCGGCCCAGAGGCCUCUCGCGACCGAGGUCUUCCCGCACGUGACGACGCACUGGACAAAGCCGCAGAGCUGUACGUGGACUUAUGUAGCCGACAGCCAGUCCCGGCCCGCCUCCCAAGGUGCUGUUGCCUGGCUGGAUCUGCAGCCCAUACCCGGCGCAAGCACCCUGUCAUGCUACCCCGACGGCAUGUUCUCCGGGGGACGUACGGGAGUCUUUAGCCCGGCCACUUGCCCCAGUGGCUGGACGACCGUGUCUCUUCGCAUCAAUACCGAGAAAGACUUGGCCGAGCCCGUCACCACCACAGCCGUGUGCUGCUCGUCCUACUACACUCUCGACGGCUCUUACUGUAAACGCUCGGUUCCAACCGUGCUGGCCGUUCCAAUCACUUACAAUCACACGGCUGGUACAUACGAGGUCAUGUCGAGCUCGACUACGACCUUGUACAGUGCCACCAUUGCCGUAAACACCAUCCGCGCGCUCUUCAUGGAGCAGGACAUGAGCCUGCUGGGCCUGACGGACGACGAGGAGAUUAGUGAGGAUGAGGUUCAUGGGAACCCGCUCCCGCUAGGGGCGCGCAUUGGCGCUGCCAUUGGGGUGGCCAUAUUUUCCCUGCUAUCCAUAGGGGCAGUCAUAUUCUGCCUGUUGCGGUGGCGGCGGUCGCGGAGGAGGCAGGCCAAGGGGCUCAGAUCGCACGAGCUCGGCAGUGUGUAUGGAAGACGGCUUCGCACCCACGACUCUCUUGCGGUACGCGAGGGCCAUGCGGCUGAACCACCACCAGCAUACGAAGCCUCUGGGCCGACGAACGGCUUCCGGGGACGCGGGGCCGACAAUGCCCGGCAGGAUGAAAUCAGGAGUCUUGUGGCACAAAAGGAAGCCAUCCAGCUGCGCAUCGAGGAGCUGGAGAGGAUAGGUACGGAUGCUGAGGCAAUAUCACGGUGA